GGCUUCCUCGAGCGGUUAAUGGCGGAAGGAUGAAACGUUGGCUGCCUCGGCAGGGCUCAUGGCGUUGGCUGACGACCUCAAAGCGAUAACAGCGCAAGCCUCCAGCGCCACAGCAGCCAUCGUUCAUGCCGCUUGUUCAGCCAGCAGUGCAGGUGCUGCUUCGCAGCAUGUCUGGCGGGCUAUGGACGCAUCAGCACGCGCCAUAUUGGCACGUGCAGCCGGUGCUGCAAGAGAUCUUCGGGCUGCUGCUGCUGCUGUUGAUGUGGAGGCCCGGAGGGUGCGCACACAGCGCAUUCCCGCAGCCCGCCGAGCCGCCGUACAGCACCUGACGGACACACUGCUUCCCGCCCUCACCGCUGCCGUACAAGACGCCGUGGCCGGCGGCCUGGCUGUGGUCAGCGUGUGCAAGGAGGAGCUGCUGAAGGACUUGGAGGCGCAGCUGGAGCAGCAGCUGGAGCGGGAGCUUCAGCAGCAGCUGCUCCUGGGGCAACAGCAGUCAUGGCAGCAGCGGGGGCAGCUGGAGGGGGUGGUGUCGGGGGGCCUUGGCGAUGGCAGCCGGGCAGCUGCAGGGGCUGCCUCUCUGAUGGGGCCUGCUCGCCUGGCUGCAGCGAAGAUAGGCAUUAUCUGCGUCAAGCUUUCAGACACGUUGAAGAGCCUCAAGAUCGCCAUUAAAUCAGCACUGCACCUGCACCUGCAGCCACAGCAAUCCUCCUCAUCCCAGCAGCUGCCCCAGCAGCAGCAAACGCAGCCGGCCGGCCCCAACCUCCAACAGCCGCUACAGCAGCAGCGCCCACCCCCACCGCACGCAAAGCUCCGUCAUCCACAGCAGCAACAACGGCCGCUCGCCCGGCUGCUGCGCCCACGGAUUAGGCAGCGGAGUCCCCAGGACGUGCGCCAGAGGCUCCAGCACCUGGCGCAGACCGUAGCGCUCCUGCGGGAGGCCUCCGCUGCUCCCGCUGCUGCUCCCACUGCUCUCACUGAUGGCGCUGCAUCCGCCUCUGCUGCCACGGUUCAUUGUGGCGGUCCCUACCGGCCGCGACUGUCGCCCCUACCUGAAGCAGACACACCUGUAGUCGACGAGGAGGAGGGCGAGGAUGAGGAUGAGGAGUACGGGGUGGGAUACCUCGAGGAGGAGGAGGGGGAGGUUGCGGGGCCCGUCGCUGCAGCCCUUACUGCUGCGGCACUUGAGCCCGCUGCUGCUGCUGCUGCUGCUGUUGACGGCAUGUACGCGCCAGGCACUGCCGUCACCGCUGUGUCUGCUGCCGCCGACACCAACAUGCACCAGGAGCGGCAUGCUUCCGGCAGUGCUGCAGCACGGCCGGCUGUGAAGGAGGAGCUGCCGGCGUUCCUGGGUCAUCAAGUGCUAGGACGCAACCGCACCGCCGCUGCCGUACCACCCGGCCCAGUAUGCUACUCCUACUAUCCCAACCGCCACAGCCACCCAUGCGGCUGUUGCCACCAAGCCGCCCGGCUCCAGCCAGCCAACCGUCACCCCACGAAAGCCCCCACCACCACCACCACCAGCUCCAUGGGGCCAGCCGCGUGGGGUGCCGCCCUCAGCCGCACCGCCGGGGGUGUGGCAGCCGCUGCCGGUAGUAAGGUAAAGAACUUUGCGGCUGCUGCUUCUGGGAAGGCGCCGGUGCGGGCUUCCGCUGCUACUAGCGCUGCGGGCGCUGCUGCGAGUCGCAGUACGGCAGUUCCCGCCCGCCAGCAAGCAACGUACAAGCAAGCGGCGGCAGCAACCUCGGCUGCUGUGGAGCGAAUUAAGAGCCUCGCCCGUGCGAGUGGGAGUGCAGGUGCGGGCGUGCUGCUGCGAUCUGGUACGCAGCAACCCCGGCAACAACGCCAGCAGCAGCAGCAGCGCUCGCGCAAGGCGUCAGGCCGCUCGCCUCCGGUUGAUCCUUCACGAAGGCCCAUUCCGUACCCUGCUCACCGUACGGUGACGAUGGCCGUACAGCCUCGUCACCAGCAACUGCCGCAACGGCGGCCGUCGCAGCAGCAGCAGCAGCAGCCGCUGCCACUGCCGGUUCUCACGCCAGUGCAGUCCCGGCGCCCUGCUGCUGCCGAGCCACCCGCCUCACUGCAGCCCCGGUCACUCUCCUUCCCCGAACCGGCUGCCGCUACUGCUGCACCUGCUGCUCCUCACCAUACUUGCCAGCUGCAGCCGGGGCCCAUGACGUCCAGGUCACGCGCCAGUGAAACCGCAGUCCCGUCGUCGCUAGCGCUACCGCCAUCUGCCAACCCCAGCGCUUUCGGCCCUGGCUCCGGCUGGCUUCCCAUGCGUCACACCAGGAGCGCAUCUUGGGCCGCGGCCGCCCGGCCGGAACCUCCGCCUGCGGCUGCUGCUGCUGCUGCUAAUGCUGCCGCGUCUGCUGUUGCAUGGCAGCAAGGAGAACGCCUAGGGCGUCGUCCUCUGCAGGCUGGCUUUGAGGUCGGUGGCAGCAACGGCUUUGGCGUUUACGCUGUUGGGAAUGAGGCCGGCUACGGAAUGCAUGAGCAGCAGCAGCGUGUAGUGGCGGAGAUGGCUCAGCUGGUGGUGCCGCAGCAGCAGGAGUUGGAUGACUCCAUGUGCUUUGGCAGCGGCGAGGUGGUCUGGGGAGACGCGCCGGACCUGAAGCCCCCGGUGGCGGGCCGCAUGCAGGGCUCGCUUGCGGGGGGGCCAACUGGCUGGGAGUGUCCGGAGCCUGCUGUUGACGUCGGGGUCAUGGCGGAGAAUGGAGCGGAGGAGCUACAGCAGCAGGAGGCAUGGCAGCAGCAGCAGCAGCAGGAGGCAUGGCAGCAGCAGCAGCAGCAGGAGGAGGCGUGGCAGCAGCAGCAGCAGGAGGCAUGGCAGCAGCAGGAGGAGGAGCACUUUGGGGUGCCAUUGGUACAUGCGUUUGAAGGGGCUGACGGCUUCCGUGCUAGCGAGCUGGCAGCAGCGGCGGCGGCUAGCGUGAAGCCGGGGCGUGUGACGUCGUCCCAUGGGUCGAGCCCUCGCGAGCUGUCCGCGACGUCUUCGCUGUUGACCUUCCAUGGCCCGCGGGACCUCCGGCCGCUGCUGGAUGACAGCCCCGAGCCGCCAAGUCCCGCCGUACACCCAUCAGCCCCCUCCAGCCGCCACAGCAGCAGCAGGCGCAGCAGCUGCAUGGGCGGCAUCGCAUGGGGAGGGCAGCUGGCGCCGGAAGAGGAGGAGGAGGAGGUGGAGGGUCCCGCUGUCGGGUUCGGCUACGGCUUUCACGCGGCAGUGCCCGCGGCCUACGAGGCUACGGCGGCGGCGGCGGCGGUGGCGGUGUGCAGUAGGGAGAACCCAGACAGUGAUGUGUUUGGGGAGCCUUGCACCCCCCGCUCUUGCCUGGCGGAUGAUGAGGGCGGUGAGGGCGCGUGUGCGGAUGGCAGUGCGGAGUACCCUGCCGCCAUGCGACCCCUGUUUUGGACGGCGCUCCCCGCACGUCACGGCGCGGACUCCCAAGGCCACCCUGGCGCCCCCGACUGGCUGGCAGCCGCUCCGCUGCACCUCUCCUGGGACGAGGCGACGCAGCAGGCCCAUGUGGCUCACCCCCACCCCCACCAGUCGCUGCUUGAGCCCCAGCAACCCCGACCGUCAUCCGAGCAGCUGCAACAGCCGUACCUAGACCCCCAACAGCCACAAGCGCAGCACAGCUUCACCAAGCACGCGUCCUGGCAUGCCACGCCGGGUCCCAUCUACGACACCCCUCUUCCCGGACGCUGCAUGUACGGCGACAACGGCGUGGCUGCCGUACAUGAGUCAGCAGCAGCUGUUGCCGCCUUUGCUGCUGCUACUGCUGCCGUACCCAGCAGCAGCGGCGGCAAUGACGCGCUCUUCGCCACUCCCUCGGCGGCGGCAAGGAGGCCGCACUGGAGGGCGAGGCGGCUUGGCUCCGCGGGAAACAACAAGAGUGCGUUCGGAGUGGGUUUCGGAGCGGAGCCAGGAGGCUUUGGCAGUCCCCUGCCGGGGUUAAAGCCAGGAGCAGCACUGGGUACGGCAGCGUUCGGCAGUCCAACUGCUGCUCCUGAUGAAGCGACUGAUGCUGCUUUUGACGGUGGUUUCGGAGCCUCGAGCCGCCGCCGCCUCCACCACCACCGCAACAGCAACAACACCAGCGGCAGCAGCAGAAGCAACAGCGAGAGGAGCGGCGGUGAGCCUCCUCUCGUUAGAGGGGGCUUCGGAGGCGUGAACCGCCCGGCUGCGGGCAGCUAUCCCCACGACGACUCACAACAACCCCACCAGCCCCCCCACGCUCCUCACUCCCCGCUCCUCCCCCUUCCGCCUGCGUCUGCCUCGCCACACCCCUCAACCAGUCCCCGCACCACCGCUGGCGCCGGCGGAUUCUUCGGGGACCGAGCUCUGGUGGUAUUCUCCUCCUGUCGUAUCUCCGACCCCUCUCCCUCUCCCUCCUCCUCCUACCGCGCUUCGCCCUGCUCCUCCCGUCCGGCCAGCGGUGGCCGUCUGCUGCCCCUGCCGGCUGCGGCCACCUCCCCCGACCUUCCCGAGCCCGCUUUCACAAAAGCUGCUGCCGCCGCCGCCGCCGCUGCUGCACACGCUUCCGAACAUGGCCGGUUGGAGGCUCGAAGCAGGCGCAACCGUUUGGCCAAGACCCAAAUCCCUCAUCAUCAUCAGCAGUCGUCGCUGCUGCUGCAGCCGCAGCACGGGGGAGGGUCCGGCGCGUCCUCUGCACGGCCCUCACCCACAGCAGCAGCAGCAGCAGCAGCUGGAGGUCCCUCUCGAGGCAGCUCCUCGGGCGGUUCCUUCCCCGCGG